AUGACAAUCGAGACUGGAACUCCCUCUGCGACUGGAACUCCCUCUGUGACUGGAACUCCCUCUACGGGUAUUGCACCAGUGGCUACUCCUACAACCCGUACCGCUGUGCCACCGGCUGAGAAACCUGUGAAGUUCACCGGCACCAACUUUAAAGGAUGGCAGCAGAGAAGUUUCUUUUGGCUUACCACCCUUGGUAUGCAAAAGUUCACCAGUGAGGACCCUCCCGUGCCUGCCGCCGACAUGCCUGACAACCAGAAGUUCAUGGUUACUGAGGCUUGGAAACAGGCUGAUUUUUUGUGCAAAGGCUACAUUUUGAGUGCCUUAGAAGAUGAUUUUUACAACGUCUACAGUGCAAUAGAGACCUCCAAAGAACUGUGGAGUGCACUGGAAAAGAAGUACAAAACCGAAGAUGCUUGCUUGAAGAAGUUUGUGGUUGCCAAAUUCCUAGACUACAAAAUGGUGGAUGGAAAAACUGUUGGAACCCAAAUCGAGGAAGAUAACAAAACCGCUGAGAAGAGGUACCGUAAGAGUUCACCGAUUGAAGGGGCAAGUGUCGUUGAAGAUGCUGCUCUGAAAAAGAACAAUAAAAGGAAGAGGCAUUCUGGAAAGGAGAAGUAUCCUAACAAGAAAAAGUUCAAGGGAAACUGUUAUAACUAUGGUAAAGCAGGCCAUAAAGCUCCCAACUGUUGUGCCCCCAAGAAGGAUAAAGAGAAAAACAAAGGUCAGGCAAACAUGGUGGAAGAUGUUGAUGACCUGUGUGCAAUGCUGUCUGAGUGCAACCUGGUUGGUAACCCAAAGGAGUGGUGGCUUGAUUCUGGCGCCACUCGACAUGUGUGUGCCGUUAAGGAAGCAUUUACAACCUACACUCCCGCUGGACCCGACGAGGAGCUAUAUAUGGGAAAUACUGCAACAGCCAAAGAAGAACCUAGUAUCAUCCGCACUACUCGUGAAAAAUGGGUUUAA